GCCUCGGGCUUUGUCCUUUCGAGCAAAGACGCCUCCAAAAUACAGGUACAGGCAAAACAUGAUACUCUCGUCUAUAAUUUAUUUAUCUAUUUUUAUUUUGUUAUCAGGAAAAAAAAAAAAUCUCAAUGGCUAUUACGGUUGGCUCCUGGACGUUACUGAUUCGCCUUCCAUUUCUUGAUCAUCUGAUGGAAUCUGUGCCAUGAGAUUAUGCAUCUGUGCUUCUGAAGUAGCUUUAAGCUCAAGACGGCGCCGUAGAGAGGAAGAGGAAAUAAAACAAAAUCCGGAAGCUCUUCAUUUUCGGUGUCGGAAAGCUGUUUCUGGAAAUGGAUUCGGCUCACAAUCUGGCUUUUUGGAGUGAAUCUCUAUCUAACAUUCUCCCUCUCUCAAGAAGUUGAUUACGUGGCGGCGUAUAUGUGGAACAUAAUGGAUUGCACUGCAAGUGGCAUAGUUCACCAUUUCCUGGUCCUUAGGACUUGAUUCGUUGUAUGGUCUUUAUCAACAAAUCCACCGCCACUAUUCGAUACCCAAAAGAAAAAUCUUAUAAUCCUCAUGUCAAUUUUGGAGGAGGAGCCAUCUUCUUCUUCGUCAUGGCUGGCAUCGGAGGCUACGUCGGUGAUACCGGCUGGAGAGAUUGAUCCUUUGUUGAAGGACUUGAAUGAGAAGAAGCAGAGCUUCCGACGGAACGUGGUUUCGUUGGCAGCGGAGUUGAAGGAGGUUCGGACCCGCUUAACAUCUCAGGAGCAAUCAUAUGCUUUAGAAACUCUAACAAGACAGGUAGCAGAGGCAAAAGCUAAGAACAUGGAGGAAGAAAUUGGUAGAUUGGAGACGAAAUUGGAAGAGAGGAAUGCGAAGCUUCAGGCUUCGGCAUCUACUGCUGAGAAGUGUUUCAAGGAAUUGGAUGACCUUAGAUCACAGCUUUCAGCCACUCAAGCAAUUGAAGAUUCCAGUGCUGCCUCGGCUCAAUCAGCACGGCUCCAGUGUUUAGCCCUUGUAAAGGAAUUAGAGGAAAAGAAUGGUUCGCUGAAAGAGCAUGAGCAUCGUGUAACUACAUUAGGAGAGCAAUUGGAUAAACUACAGAGGGAUAGGCAAGCCAGGGAAUCUUCCCAAAAGCAACUGAAAGAUGACGUGUUGAAAAUUGAAAAUGAUAUUAUGCAAACUGUUGCAAAAGCUGGAGCAAGCAAGGAUUGUGAACUGAGGAAAUUAUUAAAUGAGGUUUCUCCAAAGAAUUUUGAGAAGAUUAAUAAGCUUUUGAUUGUUAAGGAUGAAGAAAUUGCAAAACUGAAGGAUGAAAUUAAGAUAAUGUCAGCUCACUGGAAAAAUAAGACCAAGGAGUUGGAGUCACAGUUAGAGAAGCAACGGCGAGCUGAUCAGGAACUGAAAAAGAGGGUGCUGAAGUUGGGAUUCUGCCUCCAGGAAGCUCGUUCCCAGACACGAAAGCUCCAGAGGAUGGGAGAGCGAAGGGACAAAGCCCUAAAAGAACUCAGAGAUCAGUUAGCGGCAAAACAACAAAGUGCAACCAUGAGUGCUGAAGAACAAAAUUUCUGGGAAACCUCUGGCUUCAAGAUUGUUGUUUCAAUGUCGAUGUUGAUCUUGGUGGUAUUUUCAAAAAGAUGAAAUCAUUUGCUACCCAGUUCUUGUGUAUAAAAAAUCUGAUAGUUAAGUGGUUCAGUUGCUGCCAAGCAUGAUAUGGACCAACAGCUGUCAAGUUUGGCCAGUUCUAGUAUGGUAUGUUUGUUCUUGAAAUGUCUACUCUUGAAUAAUUUCCUUCACUCCAUUGGUCAUUGUAAUUAAUUUGAAUGGAAUGAGCUUCCAUGAAUUUCUUGUAACACUGAACUAGCACACUGCUCUUGUAUAUGUUCCAUAUACCUGGGCUUUUGCCUAUUCUUAAGAUCAAUAUAAUUUUGUUUAUCCCGAUCAAAAAAAAAAAAAUUGCGUCACUCCUACAAUAGUGAUUCUCUUUCCAACAGUAUCUCAAAGCCUUCGAUCUUCAAUGUUAAAAUCAGAAUAUAUAUAUAUAUAUAUAUUAGGUAUAAUUGGCAUCCAAUGCAUUAAAGUCCUAUUUAGUGGCCCUACUAAAUUAGUACUAAUAGUUUAGUAGAAAUUUUCUUAGAAACAAUCAAUGCUCAUGAGUCAUGACACACAAUGGUUUAAUUUUAAUUUUUAAUUUCUUCAUGGACAUAUACGAUAUGCUUUUUGACUAAAUAUUAUAGUCACCAUACCUACUAAAUUCUAAAAUCAUGUAAGCUUGUCUGAGCAACACCAUGUACAAAAUAUAUAUUCUUCACAACUAAAGUAUAUACAGGAUCAAGAACCACUACUACACCAUCCAACUUUAUUGCCUUAAAUCAUAGUUUUCUCAUUGCAGACAAUGCUAUAUACAGAAGUUAUGAUUAUGUUUUAACUGUAAAUGUUAGCUUAGCAGCAGACAUGUUGGUGGCCAGUUAAGCUCAUAUAAAGCCGGAAAAUGUCUUAGCAGUAUGUAAGUCUAUAGUUCUGCAUUGUUUAACUUACCUCUAAUUUCUGUCCUGCAUAUAUGGAUCUGUACACAAUUGAACAGCCAUUCAAUCAGAUGAUUUGCUAGUGAAGAAAUGACAUCUAGAGCCAUUGAUGUGCUUGGAGAAGUAGUAGCUCUACAUGUCCAGAACUAUUUUUGCGGUAACAAAGGAGGUUACCAGAACAAUACAACCAAUAAAGGGUUGCAAACCAGAUGAAAAAGAUGUUGAUGAGUUGACAGGAGGGCUUAAAUUUGGCAUUGUACCUGAAGCUGGAUCACCUGUGUCAAACACUGUAGGAGGACUGGAGCUGCAAGCGGAUAUGACAAAACAGAAACAUGUUCAAGGUCAUUCUUCAGGAAUUGUAGUAAUGAAGAUUCUGAAUAGAUUUGAGUUGUGAUAACAAAAGAGAUUACCUUGAUACACCUGCCCCUGGCGAUGAUGGUGCUGUUGGAAUUGUUGUCGGUGUUGGACUUGCCGUUGUUGGUGAUGAUGAGGAUAAUGGUAAUGAUGAUGCUGAUGAUGAUAGGUAAAUGCAAGAACCAGUGCCUAUUUAUAAUCAAAAUGGUCUCGGAUAUGAUUUCGAUUUUGUGAAGCAAGACACUAGUUGUAUUCUAUAUAAAGAUCAAAUGAUCAAUGAGACCGAGGGAGGCUCUUACUUGGAUUGUCAUUGACUAUGGCUGCAGUCCCUUCAAAAUCACAGCUAGUUGGCCCUGGAUUCUUCUGAUAAUAGCUGUUAAAUGCAUAUGAGGCAUGGUUUUGUAGUGUAUUUGGAUCGAAACAACUCCCACCCUGCUGGAUUUGUGAACAGUCUGCACCUCCCAUUCCACAUGCAUAGUCCAGUGCUGACUGAAGUGCUGCCUCCAACGCUCCAGUCUUGGCCACACACCAGCUUUGUCCUGGAAUUGCUGGAGCAUUUGUGGUUGCAGGAGGUACCUCUGGGUUUAUAACGGGAACAGCUCCUGGUGGGGCUGGAUAGGUUGUUGCAGGGUUAGUUACUGGUGCCCCUGGAACUGUGCUAGGAGUUGUUACCGGAUUAGUGAUUGGUACUGGUGAGUUUGGAGGAUUUGUGGAGGGUAUUGUGACCGGCGUGGCUGGGGGAACUGUUAAUGGCGUGGAACCGGGAUUGGCUGGUAUAAUUGUGACAGGGUUAGUAGCAGGAACGGUGACAAUUGGUGUGGGGUUAUCUGGAGAGGUGAUGACUGGGGGUGUUGAUAUUGGAGUUGUGGGAAAGACUGUUGGUGGGUUGAUGGUGUCAUGUAAAAUUGUAGUGAGGUGGGAUUUGCUAAUAAGUUCUCUAUGGGAAGAAGGAAAGAUCUCUUCCUCUCCCCUUUCAAGCCCUCUCUGCAAUAAAUCAUCCAUAGAUAAUACUUCUAUAUAAAACCCAACUAUCUGCUUUGAUAGCUGAGUGUUGUUUUCCAAUGACUUGAAAACCUUAUCACUGAAUGGAGCUACUUCUGUUGCACUUGGAACGGGAGUGCUCUUGAUGGCUAGGACCACUGGAACUUCAUUGUGAGGAAGAAGAUAACUGGUCUCUUUUCUGUGUUUGAUUCAAUUUCUCUAAGAAUGACAUUGAAAAUGCUACCGAGACCCUAACUUGGCUUUCCAGAUGAAGAUUACGCAGGGCUGAUUGGAUUGAUUGUAAGGUUGAUAAAAGCAUUAAUAGUUCACUUUGUACCGAAAGGUCGUUGCCACUAUUGACUAUGAUGCUAUUGAUGUUCACAUGUGGAAGAAAGAGCAUUACAUGGCUCUUCAGCCAUGAAACAACAGAUGAUUGUGAAUUCAACAAAUUCUCAAGUAGGCUUUUACUUAAGUAGAGAUCAACAGAUCCGCCAGAGUCGGAUAGAGUAUUUGAAACCUUUUUUUUGUCUUUUACAAAAACCUGAAUAUGAGACGGGGUGACAUUUUUCAGCUUGACGAACGAUAUUGUUCUAGCAGGUGAUGAAGAUGCAGUGCCUCUUGCAUGAUCGGAGAAACCCACCAGAGUUCCUGUACGGUAGGAAAGAAAUUCAAAUUCUUGGAAGUUAGUCACGAAUCUAAGCAGCUGCAAUGUACUGAUGCAGAAGGGGAAAAGAACAGAUAAUGCAGCUUCACGGAAAUUACAGGGCUUGUAAUCAAAGCAUUUUUUAGAAAAAUGGAAAUUAUUCACUUGGUGAUUGUUAUUAUAAUGAGCUACUUUCACAAAUCCCCAGCAACUGUGAUGGUUUCAGAAAUCAAAUCAAACUGAAAAGAGCAAAGGUCACAAAAGAUGGGGUCCAUGUUCCUUAUGCCCCCUAGAAAAUUGCAGGAAAAAAAACACUCAUCUGUUUGGGCAGUAGGAGUUACUCACCAGAAGAACAGACAGUGAAGAGAAACAGAAAGAGGAAGAAGCAUUUAGAAGCUCCUUCGGCCAUACUAAUGAGAGACGCCUCUGGGUACUGGGAAGAUGCCCGACUGCCUGUCAGUGUGAUGAGUAUAAUGGCGAUUCUGUAAGGACAAUGCACGUCGAAUUAUAAUAAAAGACGUUCGAGAGGAUGAUGGGGGAGCGGAAAGAAUUGUAGAUAAAGGUGAACAAAAAAUUGUGAAAAAGUGAUAAAGAAAGAUGACCAAGUUGUAAUGAUAAGGAAAAGACGUUACUUUGUCAUGAAGAAUGGAGUUGGAGAUGUUCUGUUCUGUCUGAUGACAGUAGAAAGACUCAAA